CAGCGGAGAUAAACUCCCCGGCAGCUGGGAGCCCUGGGACUUAUAUGUGUUCCCGUUUUCGGAAAUAUUUAGAGAACUUGCGCCAUCUUCAGAGAAAAAGGGCUGCGCGGAAGUAGGAAAAGCCGGAGAGUUGCCAUUUUCAGGACGGAGUCCCGCGAAUACGAAUUCCUGAAAGCGACGGAGACCUAAUAGAAAUCAGUGAAAUCAGCAAGCGCAAGUCAGAUGAAGUGGGCAGCCUUUCUUGUUCUUGGCGCAGUGCUUGCCGUCGUUGUGGGAGCUCAAGGGUCAUGUAACCAAUAUAUUACCAAGAUUACUGCCAUGGAAAACAGCACAUGCAUUCCGAUGACUGCUUCAGAACUAGACAACAACUUUAUCGUGGAAGGUCUCACCGGAACCGGAAAGAAGUGCAGGCCGACUUUGAAAGUAACGACCAACUGCUCGUGCAAGCUUGGAAGUGCUGUAACACUGAAUCAACACUGUGUGCAAAGUAUUGCUUACACACAAGAUGACAACGCAGUAAACAUAACCCUCGGAUUAUGCAAUGCCAAAGGAUACUGUGACUACACACAUAUCCAUGCGUACUUGGAAGUGGACGUGAGGGACCCAGAUGUUGCAGAAUACCUGAAAGCAUAUCCACGACCUCCGUGCAUUGCUCCCAGUGUUAGCGUUUCGCCUGAGCUUACGGCAGUGGCAGGCUGUGAGUACUACUGUUAUCAAAGACAUAACCGAGAUAUCGACGAUGGAAGACCCUGCGUUAUGGAGUGGUAUCCGGCUAGCAUAACAGGAGAGCCAGUAGUGACACUCACUGGGUCUUGCUCCAAAGGAAUAUGCCGUAAUUAUGAUACCAGUUGGAAACCCUCGACAGGCUUGUGCCAUGACAGGGAGCGCUACAGCAAGUACGGCGAAAUUGUGCAAGGCUGUACGUAUAGGUGCCCAGACGAUACUAAACGGGAUCGUCCCUAUGGACUGACGUGCUUGAUUAGUAAGACAACAUUCACAAAGAGAAACGUGGUCGGUAUCUGCAAUAAGGGGUCAUGUGCCGCCAUUCGUGAGGACGAUCCGUGUGCAAUGAAGGUUUAUAAUGAACACACUGUUCCGCCACGAGUAGCAAAGAACUGUAUGUGUCGUGGUACACCCGUGGCCAAUGGAACAAUGUGUGCGUUGACCUAUUCCUUUGGUUUAGAAGGCUAUAUGUUGCAAAGAGUCGGAGUCUGCAUGGGUGGCACAUGUCAAGAACGGCCACCAGAGAGACCCCGAAAACAUACAUUUAAGAGAAAGGAGUGCAAGGCCGAGGACGUGCAGGUGACUCCUGAGCUCAUCGUGGCUGCUGGCUGCAGAGCCACGUGCAGACGCUACGAGACCGAAGAUCGACCCAAUGGGACACUGUGCUUCCUGCACUACACGCGGGGCUCAUUCAAUUACUUUCAAAACAGGAGAACGUACCACAUCGGUGAAUGCGACGGCGGCGAAUGUCGUUUCUCACUGAACAGCUUCUACAUCAAGCUUUGAACGCGCCAACUGUGUCGCGUAUGCGAAUCUCAAAACAAGAAUGACGGAACACACGAGCGAAAUAAAGUCAUUUGUCGGCACAGAGAA